GUGUGUGAGAGGGUAGAGUGAGAAACCCUGCAGAGAGCAUGACAGUGACAGAGAAGGAGGAAUGAGACUCAUGGUGGGAAGUGGUUGUUGAUGCCGGCUGGAGCUGAUGGAACCUGCCUCCAUGAAAUAUGGGAAAUAUCUGGUCCUCUCACACCUGCAAACACCUCAAAUGAUGAUGGCAACAGGAGCAGGGUCAUUUUUUUUAGUUGGACUUAGUGAUGUGUUGGUUCUAUUCACUGCCUGGUAAGAUCACAUGCAUUUCCAAGACGCAAUGAAACGUACCCCCACGGCAUCAAAGCGUAAUGCACGGCGAGGCAAUCUUGCAUCCAAUCUAGAGACUCGGCUCCAGUAGCCUGUGUGGUCUCUGGAGGGGUGAGACAUGCCUCCUCGCGCAGCCUCUCGCCGCUCUCCAUCCAUGGCGCAUCUCCAGCUCUGAAUCCACUCCGGCUCUGGACACACCGGCGGCAGCGCUGAUCCACUCACACACAUACACACACUUUCACAAAUGCAGCGCAGAGGACUGGACCGGCCGGAAAAAUCCUACCGAGUGCGUUGAUGCGUGAAGGAUGUAGAGCCAGAGGGGGGGGCAGGAUGGAGUGCUCCUGGAAGACGGUGCUGCUGCUGGUGUGUGCGUCUCUUGGGGUCCAGUACACGGCCAUCCGGACCCUGAGGGACUCUCUGUCUGGACCCUGUCAGGGAACCUACCGCUGCCAGACCAGACACCACAGAGACUCCAGGUGGAGAGCCCUGUGCGAUGACAGCUGGAUGCCCAUAGAGUCGCCACGGAAGCACAUCCUGCUGUUUGCCACCACGCGCAGCGGCUCUUCCUUCACCGGGCAGCUCCUCAACCAGCACCCAGGGAUCUUCUAUGUGUUUGAGCCUCUCUACCACGUCCAGCAGGCCUUCACCAACUCCAGCAGCAGGCUGCGUCGCACCCUGGACCGCCGGGCCCUACUGGGAGCGUACAGGGACCUGCUCCUCAAUCUGUACACCUGUGACCUUCACUUCAUGGAGAAUUACAUACGUCCAGAGCCCCAGGACCACGUCACAAGUUCCUUCUUCCGCCGAAGUUCCAGUCACGCCCUUUGCUCCCCUCCUGUGUGUUCAGAGGGAGGGGAUUUAGCAGCCUCUGAUCCUCCUGAUGAAACCUGGUGUCCCAAGAAGUGUGGGGCCCUGAAUCUCACCCUAGCCUCCAUGUCAUGUCUGUCAAGGGAACACGUAGCCAUAAAGACUGUGCGGGUCCCUGAGGUGGGGGACCUGCGCACCCUGACAGAAGAUCCACGUCUGGACCUGAAGAUCAUCCACUUAGUGAGAGACCCCAGAGCCAUCCUUGCCUCACGCAUGAUGGCGUUUUCAGAUCAAUUCCGUGCUUGGAAAAUAUGGAAUGCGACAGGACGGCAGCCUCGAUACGUGGACCUGACACAGAUCACCAGCACCUGCAAGGACAUGGCGGCAUCUGCAGAAACAGGCCUUCAAAGGCCAGCGUGGCUGAGGGGACGCUACCUGCUGGUGCGGUAUGAGGACCUGGCGUUCAACCCGAAGGAAAAGGCCACUGAGUUGUACAGGUUUGUGGGGCUGGAGAUGGAGGACAGGGUACGAAUGUGGAUCGCAAAGAACACCAACAGUAACGUGUCGUCUCCGUCAGAGUGGAACUACAGGUACUCCACCACCAGAGACUCCAGAGCGACAGCGGAGAGCUGGAGGCUUCGUUUGGGCUUUGACAUCGUGAGGACCGUGCAGAAUCUGUGCAACGACACUCUGGCCCUGCUGGGGUACAAGCAGGUGCACUCAGCAGGCGAACUCAGAAACUUGUCUCACAGUUUAGUAGAACACAGGACCUUUCAACCAGCCACAUGGUAGAUUUGAUUUAAAAAUCAAUGUUAUUUAUUUAUUUAUUUAUUUAUUUAU